AUUUAUCACAUCACUUCAAAUUGUAGGAAUAACUACAACUCAUAUUACUUUGUGUCAUUAUUGAAAACCGUAGUUUGUUUACUAUUUUGUUUUAUGCCAACAAUUUACCAGUUAGUGUGAUGGCAAAUGUUCGGUUGGGGGAAUAGUUUGCUGGAAGUGACAACUUAGCGGGUUUUGAAUUUGUAAUUCCUUACAUUACUAAAAGCAUCUUACCAAACAGUUUCCUGUUUAAUUCUCAAACUAUUAUGAUCUUUUAUUACAAUAUAGUUGAUUGUUUGUUCGCUUCACAGACAAACCAGUUGACAUAUAUUUCAAUGUUUGCUGUUUUAUACCAUUAACAUUAAUUUUGAUCAUGUCACGAAGAGAUUCUGAUAGUCUGGGUAGAAACGAAGGAUCACGCAAUAUCGUAAGGAAUGCCUCACGUCGUAAUAUGAUGAGACCUAUAAAUUCAGUGAUUGAUGGUUCUUUAUCAUUUUUUGGCUUUGAUUCUCGUGAAACUACUAUUGAGGAUUGGAAUGAACGACGGUUGCGGUAUUUAAUAAAACGUUAUGGAAGCAUUAAAGGUGAUCGUUUAACUGUUCUGACUGCCUCUCCAGCUCUAUGUGAUAUAUCGAGAUCGUCGUUAAGACAUCGUCUGGCUUCAAGUUCACAUUCUGAACCAAUGAAGAUUAUCAAUAGACGUCAAGUCUCUUUUGCUAAUUCUUCUGUCGUGCCACCGAUUGAAUCUCAAAGACCGGUUUAUCUUCGUGAAUUGAGUAGCAUCACGACUUUUAGUCUCCCAGUUGCACCAGUUGCAACUUCUGCUCAUAAACCGCACGCAAUGAAAGUUAUCCUAUCAGCUAUGUGGAAUCGUCGAAUGUUACGAACUCGUAAAAAGUUGGAAGGCAUUGAAGUUAAUGACACUGGAUUUGAACGCUUUCAUUCAGCUCCAACUGGUAGAAUAUUUUUAUUAGAUACAACAGAUACUCAUUUUAACAAUGAUAAGUGGGUAGCUCUUAAAGAUGCUAAAAAUGAAGAAACACCAUUUCUAGCUGUAUCGUCAACAAUACCAGUCAGUGGUGAAACUAGUGUUAAUACUGUUAAUGAUAACAGUCAUAAUGAUAUAAUCAGUUAUGAUGCUUCGGUGGAGCAACAGAAAUCAUAUGAUAUUGUCGAUGGUCAUAAUGAUAAUGUUACUAUUUCACAAUGUGGUCCGUCAUCAUAUGAUCUAUCUGCUACAUAUUCAUUUUUUCAACAUUCCAGUAGUUCUGCUACUCGAGAAAUAAUCGGAGAAAAUCGCCCACGAACAAGUACCACAGUACCACCGACAAAUUUUCGUCCUAGUCCAGUAGUAAUUCCAUCUCUUUCAAGGCGUUUAACUGAAAGUUUAUUAACUCCAACACGUUGGGCUUCAGCAAUUAUCUAUCCGCAUAAAGAUAAUUUUACAGAAGAUAUUUUUCGUAAUAAAACAACCGAGUAUAUAGAGUAUAGACCAUAUUUUACAUAUUGGAUAUCAUUUAUUCAUAUAUUAAUUUUUAUUGCUGGUUCAAUCGGUUAUGGAUUUGCACCGAUUGGUUUGGGGAUAACUACACGUAUUGUUGGAAAAGUGUUACUGCCCACAUUGACAAUUGAUCAAGUUUGUUGGAUAGAAUAUGAAAAUUUAUGGAUAGGUCCAAGGCAAACAGAUUUAGUUCGAUUGGGUGCACGUUUUCCACCAUGUAUGCGAUUCGAUCCAGUAUUACAUGAUUCAGUGAUUAAACGUCAAAAGAAAUUUGAUCGUGCCUCGGGAUGUUGUAUUCGUAAUGAUGGUGGUGGUUGUUAUCAGACGCAUAGAGAAGUAUGCUCUCGUACGCUAGCUACAUGGCUUCAUUAUGAAACACUUAAUUUUAGUAAGCCACAAACUGCAGAACUACUUUCGACUAAUAUUGCAGAUCGUGAAAUUCACGUACAUAUACUGAAGGCUUCUCAUCCUGAGAAUGAUUCACACAGUCAUAACAAUAAUAUAUCAAGUAUUAUACAUUCUCUACGUUCAACACGACUUGUUGGUCAAGCUGGACCUGUAUGUGGAUUAGAUCCAGAUUUUUGUGCUCGACCACGUUCUAUUGGAGCAUUUGCUUGGUCAGAGACAGAUGUUACUAAAUGGCCUAUUUGUGAAUUACCUGAUACUGUACCAAAUAUGGGUGGUUAUGCACCACAUAUGGAAUGUCAAGUAACUGGUCAUCCAUGUUGUUUAGGCAUAAAAGGUGAAUGCAUUAUGACUACGCAAGAACAUUGUGAUUUCGUUCGAGGCUUUUAUUAUCCAAAUGCUGCAUUAUGUUCCCAAGUGAAUUGUUUAAAUCAAAUUUGUGGUAUGUCACCUUUCAUAAAUAAUGAAUACCCAAAUCAAAUGUAUCGAAUAUUCACUUCAUUAUUUCUUCAUGCUGGAAUUUUACUUAAAUCGUAUAACUGUAUAUGUAUGAUAUGAAAAGACUUUCUACCAAGAACUGACAUCCAGUUGAGGAAUCAUUGAAAGUUGAAAUGUUCCAGACGAUUAUUUUGUCAUACAUUCUCGGUUCUCCUUAUAUUCCGGAAAGAAAUUAUGAUUAUUGGGGUUCAGCCAACAUAGGUAAGAGACAUAUAUCACCAAUGGUGUAAUAAACGCGAACACGAGUGGGCACAACCAAAUGUAUUUGAACACAAAGUUACAGAAUAUAUUAGUAAAAUCUGAGAACUAUACAGUGAAUUAUUUAUUUGCAAAAUGUCAAACAAUUGUCUCCGACUUCACUGUUCCUUCGUUCCCACACCAAUAAAUCUCUGUUCUCAUUCUUUACUCCUUGAUCUUCUUGACCUUCUGCCGCCAGACAUUUCACUUUCAAUUGAUCAUACAUACUACUUAUAACUAUUGACAACAGUAGCACGCACCACAAUGGUACUGGAUGGCGUUCGCUCUAUAUCGUAAAUUAAUUAAAGUUAGAGAUAUGAACAAUCGAAUAAUCACUAGGGUUUUAAAGGUAUCUUGGUCCCUUAACGUACGAAAUUUUGGAUUCGAUUUUCUAGUUGGAUUGCUCACUGUCGGGGAGUUUGUCUUUAGGAAAGAGCAUUUGCAUACUUUAUUAUAAGUGCUGUUUAUCUGAAGAACAACAUCCAAAUUAAUAAGAUAUCAUGCAUAAAAGCUUAUGAUUACCAGCUAACACGAGAUCCAUGUCUAGGAUUUUCUGUUGAUUGUUUCCUAUCACCUAACAGUUAUUAUUUCCAAAGAACUCGUGACUAAAUAAAUAAAUAAAAAUCAGAAGGGGUUUUGUGGAGAUUGUUGUAAUUUCAAUAAUUCAGAUCAUGAGUCAAUUGAAGCUAGACCACUAUGGAAAACCUGGAAGCACUGGACGGCCGUUCCGUUCUAUUGUGGGACUCCUCAGAAGUUAGACAUUAACAUCAUUGGAUGCCGGCUCAGUGGUCUAGUUGGUUAAGCACCUGGAGAGAGAUUGAUAGGUCCUGGGUUUGAAUCCCGCGAGGCGGGGUGGUGGUUGCGCACUACUGAGAAGUCCCACAAUAGGACGAAACUGCCAUUCAAUGCUUCCAGGUUUUCCAUGGUGGUUUAGCUUUAAUUGACUCAUGAUCUCAAUUAUUAAAAUAAAAAUCAGUCAUCACAGUUUUAUUCACUAGACAAGAUAGGUAGAUUGAUGUUAUAUUUGACUGCUUUGACUUGAUUUAUUCAAAUAAUGUGUAAAUAUGAAGUCGGAUUGAUAAGAAUCAAUUGCGUAGACCUGCAAGCUGAAAACUUAAUAAAACAAAGAGAGUCAGCCGUCUUAUCUUAAUCUGACAUCAUGAUGCAAAUCCUCUGAGCAAGGAUUGUAGACCGUAGUUUUACCCUUGGUAACCUUUCAUAGCAUGAAGAUCUACCUUUCAAUGGUAAGCAAAAUCAUGAUUCUUCCAAAUUAAAAACAUUGGUCGUUCACCGUUCGAAUUGUGAAAUUUAAUGAUUGUUUGGGACUGUGUUCGAUACAGUCAUAUCACGUAAUGACUUAGUGAAGUAGAAAAUGUCAGCUUCUUCCUGAAUACUUUUUCCAUUCAUGUGCUAUCGAUUUUUUUUCUAGCGUAUUACAUUUAAUCUUGUCG